AUGUGGGAAAUGAUACCGAGGGAAACCUACUCGAGUCCACAGGGUCGACUGACGACGGCAUCUUCGGUUGUCAUGACGGAGAACUUGUUUGAGUUUCCUCAGAUUAAGAGUAAUCCGAGCGGUGCCAAUCUGGGUCGACGCUACUUGCCCAUACGAAAGUAUCUGUUUUACCUGUUCCAAAAGGACUGUACCUGCAACGAAAGUCAACCACGAAGAGGGAAGAACCUACCAGAUGGCACGUUGGAUUCACGAGCCAAAAAGCUUCAACCCCAAGACAACGAUUACGAGUUCUCAAUCAAGUGGCUGACCGAACAUGCGCACGCGAUUCACCGCGAUGAACAUGGCCAAGUAGUGGGAUUGCGGCAAUUACCCGAGGUGUCGUUAUGCAAAGCGCACAGCAGCACACUCUAUCGGGCACAGAAAAAACAUGAGCGUGUUAAACAGCUUCCACCACCUCCACAGUUCGCUUCAAGUUCGUCCACGUCCUCCACUCACAACAACAACAACAACAACAACGGUCCUGCUGCUGCUGCUGCUGCUCCUACAACAACAACGACUGCAACAACAUUUUCACCAUCACCCGAUUACAUGAUGGAUAUUGAUAUACAUCGUCAUCCUCCUCCUCCACAUCCACAUCCACACCCAGCUUCUAUGGAUCAACAACAACAACAACAACCUCCUUAUUAUCACCAUCAUCACCAUCAUCAUCAACAGCCACCGUCACAAGGAACGCAGCAACAGCAACCACCUCCACCCCAACCGUACAUGAGCAACCUGGCUGCCAAAGUACGCAACAUCAACCACACGCCUUUUCAGGGUGAAAUGCCCGACUUUUCAACCAUGUCCAGCUCCACUUCGCUCAAACGUAAAAGGACCGAGAGUAUGGCUCGGUCCAGUGCAUCCACGCCGCUUCUGGCACAUCCUUACCACUCGCCAUCCUCGCCAAUACCCCACGUUGAUUUCAACCAGCAGUUACCGCCACUGCAUCAGCAACAGCAACAGCCGCAACCACAAGCAUCUCCCAGGACAACACAUACUGCUUCGUUGUCAUCGUUGCCGCUGCGAAGGGUCCAACCACCACCACCCUCCUCAUCCUCCUCCUCAUCCAACGAUCCCGGUAGUAGUAGCGGUGCUACGCCAGGUACCAAUAGACGCAUGUCGUUUCCUCAUUAUUCCCAGCAGCAACAGUCACCCUUACAUCAGCAGCAACAACAACAACAACAACAACAACAGCAAGCACCUUUCCCUCCAUCGACCUAUUCGUCACCAUCACCGUCUUUGGAACCGAUCAAUGCAUUGAUUGUGGAUACCGUGUCGCUAAAAACGCAAAACAACAACAGCAACAGUCCAGAAUACCUGAUCAAGAACUUGGCCAUCACGGACACGUUUACGUUUCGAGAACUGUUGGUCGAGGCAGACAUCACCGGGUCGCCCCCGCCAGGCAAGAGGAUUGUGAUUUCGGAUGACAGGCAGGAACGUAUUUUCCCAUUGGAUCAGGCGAUCCGUAGUGUGAUUCGACGGCCCGUGGGACCGCAUGUCGAGCUUUGGCUCAGUUUAAAUGAUAAGCCGUCGAUCGACUGGAGUUCGUAUCAUUCAUAG